AUGUCCUCUCCAAUGGACCUCUCGGCUUCGUACCCGCCGGAGCUCUCUCCAGAACAGAAACAGCAUUUAGUUUCUACUGUAAAGGAUUGGUGUAUACAUCACGGCCUUGCUGUCAGGCCUCCUCCGGCGUUUGUACAGGGUGCAGCAGAUCCGCAGGGCGUGCUAGCGACCAAUGCUCCAGUGACCCUUUUUCCGAGUUUAUUCCCCAGGUCUUGCUACGAGUCUGCCGUCUCGGUGCAGAAGACGUAUAACGAGCUGUACGCCUCGAUAAGCGGUAAUAUAGACUGGCUGGGCGAGAUAAUUGAAGAUCUCGUUGACGUAGAUGACUUCGUGGCCGGCCUCUGGAAAGUUCAUCUCGCAGUCAAAAGUGAGGGAUAUGUACAGCCUCUCUCACUUGGCUUGUUCCGAUCAGAUUACAUGGUACACAAGCCUCAGAGUUCCUUGGAGGAAGCACAAUUGAAGCAAGUUGAAUUCAACACCAUUGCUGCAUCCUUUGGAGGGCUAUCAUGCCUGGUAUCAGCGCUACAUACAUCUCUUCUAUCCUCGCCAACGGGAGAGCCCAUAGUGUACCCAUCGCAUCCAGCCUUAAAGGGGAACCUACCACCAGUGAAUACGGCUGUCCCUGCUUUGGCCGGUGGCCUUGCUGCUGCCCACAAGGCAUACGGCCCCUCCAAGUCAACGCCAAAUGCAUUGCCGUUAUGCAUUCUGUUUGUAGUCCAGGCUGGAGAAAGAAAUCUCUUCGACCAGAUGGAACUAGCAACGUGCCUCACUCAGUCUCACAACAUCCCCGUUUUCCGAAUCACGAGUCCCGAAAUUUUAGAACUAACAUCCAUCCCUGAAUCUAACCCUUCGCGCCCUAUUAUAUAUACUCCACCCUAUUCUCCCUCUACCCAGUUUGAGGCCACCACUAUCUACCUUCGAGCAUUGUAUGGACCACAGGACUACCCGGAUGAAGCAUCAUGGAAAGCACGGACACAUCUAGAGCGCUCAGCAGCCAUAAAGUGCCCAACUGUCCUCAGCCAAUUGUCAGGCUGCAAGAAGGUGCAACAAAUUCUUGCUACCGAAGUGGGAGGACCCGAAAUGGACUACCUCACUCGUUUCCUACCCAACACUGAACCUACAAAGAUAAAACAAAUUCGGGCUACCUUUGCACCUCAAUACGACCUUUCUGUUGGAGGCCGUGGCAGAGAGCUUGCAUUGAAUCCGGAAACAGCCGCAAACCAUGUGCUAAAGCCUCAGCGUGAAGGAGGCGGAAAUAACGUAUAUCGUGACUCGAUACCCGCUUUCCUCCAAUCACUGCCUGAAAAGGAUUGGAAAGGCUGGAUCCUCAUGGAACUCAUCCAACCCCCGCCAGCUAAGAAUGUUGCUCUCCGUAGCGAUGGCCAGGUCCUCAGCGGAGAUGUAGUAGGGGAAUUAGGCAUGUACGGGGCAGCCUUAUGGAAAGAAAAUGGCGAGCUUCUGCAUAAUGAGCAAGGCGGCUGGCUGAUGAGAACGAAGGCCAAGGACAGUGACGAAGGAGGUGUGGCCGCCGGAUUCUCUUCCUUGGACAGUAUAUUGCUUUUUUAA